CUGUGACUUCAACUCUUCUCUCCUGCAGCUCCCCAGAGCCACGGAAGUUUCCUGCUCAGUAUUUAAUUGUAUUUGAACUCCGGCGUUGUGAGAUGAUGAAAUGAUGUGUUGAGGUAGUUAAAGCCACCAGAUGAAGCCGUCGCCGUGUGGCAUGGCGCUGCGCUGCUCUGAGUGAACAGAGCCACCUUAAAGGAAGCAGCCCGCUGAUGUCAGAGACACAGACCCGCCGCCGGUUCAGCGCUGCUCCGCCGUUUCAAAUCUCCAUCUGCGCUGCUGCACCUCGUCACUUUCUUCAGCUGAUGUCUCGCCUGCAUCCACGGGAGAAGCUUAUUUCAGCCGCUUCGCAAACACAUUCCACUGAGCUGUGUCAGUUGAUACCUGAGCCAAAUCCUCGCCUCGGGGAGAGAAAGGUUCCACCCGAGGAGGUCUCUGCUGCUGUUAGCCCACAUAAAGGCCUACCGCACCCCUCCUCCCCCAGCGCAGGGCAGCCACAGAAGCGUUGGCUUGAUUCCAGGGAGGUUCCGAUCCUGCAGCCACGUCAAUCACGUCUUCACCGCUGGCUGCGGGGCGGCCCUCGUGGCCGGGAUGCCACUGUGUGCCGUGCCAGUCCACAGUGGACGGUGAGGGACAGGAGGAGGGGACAGAGUGCAGGAGACUGAGAGGAGGCCCGCACCAAACAGGAGAAAUGAACCUCUGCUGGAAUGAGAUCAAACGCAAGUCCCACAACAUCCGGGUGCGGCUUGAGGCCUUCUCCGAUAACAGCGGGAAACUGCAGCUCUCUCUGCAGGAGAUCAUUGAAUGGCUGACAGCCAAGGACGAGGAGCUGUCUGAGCAGCUGCCGAUAGGAGGCGACGUGGGGGCUGUCCAGCACCAGAGGGAGUUCCACCAGGUAUUCAUGGAGGAUGUCAAGUCUCACGGGCCGUUUAUCUACUCAGUCUUGGAGUCUGCCCAAGCCUUUCUGGCUCAGCAUCCCUUCCAGGAGCCAGAGGAGACCCUGACCGAUGGAAAAGAGGUGUCUCCACGCCGGCGAAUCUUAAAUGUGAGCCGCUCAGUGUGGAAGCAGGCGAAUGUGGCCAGUGACCUGUGGGAGAAGCUGACGGCACGCUGUGUGGACCGCCAUAGACAUAUGGAGAGGACUUUAGAGCGUCUACUCCAAAUCCAGGCAGCGAUGGAGGAGCUAACAGUGGCCCUGGAGCAGGCAGAGGGGGUAAGAGAUGCCUGGGAGCCCGUGGGAGACCUCUUCAUCGACUCUCUGCAGGACCACAUAGACGCAACUAAGUUAUUUAAGGAGGAGCUGACCCAAGUAAAGGAGGGCAUGAAACACAUCAAUGAUCUGGCCCACCAGCUUGCUAUCUCCGAUGUCCAUUUGUCGAUGGAGAACGCCCGCACCCUGGAGCAUCUCAACAGCAGAUGGAAAGUGCUUCAGGCUUCCAUAGAGGAACGGCUGAAGCAGCUCCAGGAUGCACAUCGAGACUUUGGCCCCGGAUCACAGCACUUCCUUUCCAGUUCAGUGCAGAUACCGUGGGAGCGUGCCAUCUCCCCCAACAAAGUGCCCUACUACAUCAACCAUCAGGCCCAGACAACGUGCUGGGACCAUCCAAAAAUGACAGAACUCUAUCAAGCACUAGCGGAUCUGAACAACAUCAAGUUCUCAGCAUACAGAACAGCCAUGAAGCUGCGUCGAGUUCAGAAGGCUCUGAGAUUGGAUUUAGUGGCGCUGAGCAGCCUUGGCGAGGUGUUUCGGGAGCAGGAUCUGCAGCAGGGGGAGCAUGUGAUGGACGUGGUGGAGAUGAUCCAUGGCCUGACGGCUCUGUAUGAGAGGCUGGAGGAGGAGAGGUCCGUCCUGGUCAACAUUCCACUUUGCGUUGACAUGUGUCUCAACUGGCUGCUCAACGUCUACGACAGUGCUCGUAACGGCAAAAUGCGAGUUCUCAGCUUCAAGAUGGGAUUGGUGAGCUUGUGCAAUGCAGACGUCCAAGAGAAGUACAAAUAUUUAUUCCGUCAGGUGUCUGGUCCUGGAGGUUUGACAGACCAGCGUCACCUCAGCCUGCUGCUCCAUGAAGCCAUCCAGAUCCCCCGCCAGUUGGGUGAAGUCGCUGCUUUCGGGGGCAGCAAUGUGGAGCCCAGCGUCCGCAGCUGCUUCCGAGUGGCCCCAGGAAAACCUGCAAUUGAGGUGUCUCACUUCCUGGAGUGGAUGAGCCUGGAGCCACAGUCAAUGGUUUGGCUGCCUGUCCUCCACCGUGUGGCAGCUGCAGAGUCAACCAAGCACCAGGCCAAAUGCUACGUGUGCAAACAGUGUCCCAUCAAGGGCUUCAGGUAUCGCAGUCUGAAGCAGUUCAAUGUGGACAUCUGCCAGACAUGUUUUCUAACCGGACGCACUACGAAGGGAAAGAAGCUGCACUACCCCAUCAUGGAGUACUACACACCCACAACCUCGGGAGAGAAGAUGAGGGACUUUGCCAAGACUCUGAAGAAUAAGUUCAGGUCAAAGCAGUAUUUCACCAAGCAUCCACAGAGAGGUUACCUGCCGGUGCAAUCUGUGCUGGAAGCCGAGAGCUCGGAGACGCCGUGCUCUUCGCCCAAGCUGCCUCAUGCAGACACACACAGCCGGAUUGAACAUUAUGCCAGCAGAUUGGCGGAAAUGGAGAGCCAGAAUUGUUCAUUCUUCACGGAUAGCCUGUCUCCUGAUGAAAGUCUGGAUGAAGAUCAGUACCUCCUGCGUCACUCCAGCCCAGCCCUGGACCAUGACUCACCCUGCGGACAGCACAUGUUGCUGGCCCACCUGGAGCACCAGGACAAGGAUCAGCUCCAAUGCACCCUGGCCCGCCUGGAGAAUGAGAACAGGGUGCUACAGAGCGAGUACAGGAGGCUCAAGUGGAAGCACGAGGAGGCGGCAUCAGUUCCCAUGUUGACUGAGGCUGGAGAGUGCGGCCCAGGUUCACCCACGGAGGGAGGGCAGCAGGAUGAGGAGCUCCUGGCUGAGGCACGGGUCCUCCGGCAACACAAGACACGUCUGGAGACCCGUAUGCAGAUCCUGGAGGAUCACAACAAACAGCUGGAGUCCCAGCUUUGUAGGCUCAGGGAGCUACUGCUACAGCCCAAAGAUGACUCGGAGGCCAACGGAUCAGAGCCGUCAACUCUGUCUUCUCCCGUGUCUGGAGGGGGUCACCAUGGAGAACCUGCCAGCAGAGAGACCACUGACACUGAAGCAGCAGGAGAUGAUAUGGAGCACGAACAGGAUACGGUGCUGCAGCUUCAGGAAGUCAUCGAGCAGCUGAGAAACGUCUUCCCUUCAGAACCGGGCACCACCUCACACAUCUAAUCCCAAGUGGGCCUGGAGGAGCAGAGUGAAAACCUAAAAGUAUGCCUGAUGGCAGAGGGAGGAGCUCCACACGUCUGUGGUCAAGCCACAGUACAACAAGCCCUGUGAUCAUUGCAGCAGCUAUGAUAUCCAGAGCUAACCAUUGACUGGAAUCUGUGCACUAAAAGCCUUUUUCAUGCAAACUGAUAAAGGCUCAUGCUAAUGGCCAGGCUGGGCUUCAUAAUUUCAAUGGCGCUGCCUGACACCAUGUUAACGAGCCAAAGGACACUAACGUUAGAAGCAGGUCAGGGAGAGACUGAAGUAAGGGCAAGUGCCCACCACAGGAUUUUGGUCCUGAUGUUCUGCUCACCACCAGUUUUUGGAGCUCCCUGAUAAAAGCCCCAUAUUGUAGGAAAAUCGACACUGGCUUUGCACUUGUGUGCACAUGCUCCAACGUGACGCGUGAACUGCUCAAAAACGUGAAACAAGAGGCUUACUGGUUACCUUGCACAUCAUCCGAAUUCCCACAAGAUCACACGAGAAUUCUUUAAGUAUUGCGUUUUUUUGAACUACCAGCUUUCUAAACAAAUCAGCGUCCUCUGAGGAGCUACUGGCAGCUACAGACGUGGUUUAGGUGUGUGCGACAAUAGCAGACGUUAUAGAAAGAUGAUUCAUCCAAUCACCUGCCAUGUAGUUUUUGAAAGUGUUGUUUUCUAAACAGUUUCCGAUGAUAGCUUCUCAGAUGGUUCUGUGUAAAAAACAUCUGGCGCCUCAGGUUAGCUUGCAGGUGCCUCGCAGACACAUUUUGGAUAUUUAGCAGGCUAAAUAUCUGGAGCUCUCAGGGACUCUGCCAGGGAGCUACAGCCAAUGAGAGUGCAAGACACAAGCAUAGGGGAAGCCAGGUGGAAAGGUUGCCUGUACUUUAUUUACUGUGAGUGUUGAAUUUCCUACAUGGACCAAAGUUGUUGUUGCACAUAGAGAAAGCAGGCUAUAAAUGGUAAAGAUGCGUGGAAGCAGGCUAUUUGUGAACAUGUGUGUCAGCCCCAAUCCCGCCUUUUAAGGCACUCUCUUUCUUUUCCUUCUUUGUUUUAUCACUGCAAAUCAGCCACCAACAACUUGGAGCGCUUCUGGCGGAAAUCCAAAAAUCCUGCCUCACGUGUGGUACAGUAUUACAUUGUGUCGCAUGUUACUUCAAGCAUACUGUAGUUUGAAGAAUAGACUGGGGGAUUCCUCCUGUGUGUGAGCCCCUGUCGCCAGUCAGUCAGGUAGUGUAAAAACUAACAACAAGACAGCAAGCUGUGUAGUGUGAAUAGUACAGCAAACUAGUGACUUUGUCUUGUAGUGGGAACUUAGCUUAAAGGAACAUGCCCAGCCAAGACAUUGUGCUUACCAGUAUCUGGUAUAUGUCCACAGCACAAAUUGGACUGUUCUUAUGGGGAACUUAAAAAAAUGCAAAAAGGAAUAAGGAUAUCACCUUUUUUGUCAGAAUGCCCAUCUCUAUAGUGUUUUUUUCACUCCUUGUGUUAAUCCAUGUGUUAUCAUGGUUGUUACUUUUUGUUCUUUGAAGGGAGGUUGGUGCAUUAGAGCUUUCCAGAGUGAACUAGAUCAGGGCUCGGCUGACUGUAUUUCAUGAGGCUGCAUAGUGCAGGUUGUCAGGGAGUUGACUGCACCCACAACAAGCUUAUUUACUUUAUGAGAAUGACACAUCAUCAGUUAAAUCCAUGAUUUAUUCAAGACAGCCAAAGGGCCCGCUAGCACGGCGCCUCUGUAAGCACACACUGUUUUCCUCUAAUCCUCUCAAAUGGCUUGUCGCUCUCAUUGCUCGUCUCUUCUGUGAGCCCCUUACGCUCAAACAGAACCACUUGCACUUACUGUACACACACACACACACAAACACACAAA